AUGCAAAAUUUGAGAGCGUUGCAAUUUGAGAGGCUGCCGGGAUGCAUUGCAAUAAAGAACUCCAGGCAGCAGGUGGCAGCAGUGACGUUUCUGCAGCUCCAAGCCCGGUCCAAGGUCCUAGGGUCCAAGGUACUAGCAAGGCCUGGCAAAGGCCCACGGCAGCUGCAGCGAGGCUUGGUGAGGCCCGUCCCCUCAAUGUUUUUUGGGGGGGAGCCUCAGCCCUGUCCCAUGGGGGAGUGAGGGUUGGUGCCUAUGAUGGCUGUGCAUCGGAUUUCAUUUUAUGCUACUCUGCAGUUUCAAUAUGUUGUUUUUCUUGUGGUUUUUAGUUCCUCCAUUUUAUGUGAGCUCCUCUGAAAGUCCAGGGGAUGAAGACUAGGAUUCAAGCGUUCGAAGUAAAUACAUAAAUAACGGCCUUGUGCCUGUGUCGUUUAUUCUCUCUAAUAUAAAGGUAUCUGAUCUAAUGAAAAGGGGGGAAAGCACAUCACUGAAUCAUUUUGAUCUAUGCCUGCAUUUCUGGAAGGGCACGUGACCGUGACUAAACCUGUGGUUCAGAAACGCAAACAUGCCCCAAGGUAUAAUUACAAGGCCUAAAAUGGACCGCUGCAAAGGAUAGCCUGUCAAUUUGUUUGCUUUUUUAGACGCACUACCAGAAAACAGCUGAGAUGGUACAUUAAGUGCUAGGAUGCGGAUGAAAGAAUGAUACCCACAUCUGGAAUGUCAAAAUAUGCCCUUGGGUGUCAUCAAUAGAGUUUCAGGUUAUAAGCAACAAAUGCAUCUUGAUGCUGUGGAUUCUUCUCAUAGAUCCUGAACCAGAUGGAAUAUUCCAAACAGAGGAAAAAUAUCUAUUUUGGGGGCGGGGAGCUGCAGUCUCUGAAUUGGAUGCAAAUAAUCCAAGGAGAAAAUGCAUGCACGAUCCUUCACAAAUUCAAGCAGGUGUGCUAACUACAGCUCUGCACAAAUGGCCUCUGGAAAUGCUCCACUGAAUAGAAUAGAAUAGAAUAGAAUAGAAUAGAAUAGAAUAGAAUUUAUUAUUUAUACCCCGCCCAUCUGGCUGGGUUUCCCCAGCCACUCUGGGCGGCUUCCAACAGAGUAUUAAAAUACAGUGGUCUGUUAAACAUUAAAAGCUUCCCUAAACAGGGCUGCCUUCAGAUGUCUUCUAAAAGUCUGGUAGUUGUUUUUCUCUUUGACAUCUGGUGGGAGGGCAUUCCACAGGGCGGGUGCCACUACCGAGAAGGCCCUCUGCCUGGUUCCCUGUAACUUGGCUUCUCGCAGCGAGGGAACGGCCAGGAGGCCCUCGGCGCUGGACCUAUUGCUGCACAGUUGAUGAAAGAAGGGAAAUUGAUGUCAUUCUGGAGUAACGUUUACCUCUGGAGUCUGUCACAGGAGCAGGGUACUGAUGGGGUGAGAGAGACCUGUAUGACUGACUUCUCUUUGGCCUAUUUAGUUCAGUAUAGCGUAAACUGGCUGACAGUGAUUCUCCAGGGUUUGGUGCAGGAACAUUCCCAGCCAUACCUAGAGACGCCAGGUAUUGAACCUUCUGCGUGCCAAGCAAAUUCUAUCACUGAGCUACAAGUCCAUGGCGAGUGAAAUUGUGGUUGGAAGAAUAUUCAGAUUCCUUCCCCAGUGGCAAUAUCACCAUCAUACAAGUAUGCCCGAUCCAUCAUAGUACUUUUAGGGCACAAUUCAGGCUAUCCCUUUACUCCAGUUCUUCCAUUUGUGUAUCUCUCUCUCUGUGAGGUGCCAAUAGGAGAAUGGGGAAACCUAACAGGACUUUCUUGGGCUCCAUGAUCACUGCAGAUGGUGACAGCAGUCACGAAAUUAAAAGAUGCCUGCUUCUUGGGAGAAAAGCAAUGACAAACCUAGACAGCAUCUUAAAAAGCAGAGACAUCACCUUGCCAACAAAGGUCCGUAUAGUUAAAGCUAUGGUUUUCCCAGUAGUGAUGUAUGGAAGUGAGAGCUGGACCAUAAAGAAGGCUGAUCGCCGAAGAAUUGAUGCUUUUGAAUUAUGGUGCUGGAGGAAAAUUAUGAAUUAUUUGAAUUAUGGUGCUGGAGUCCCAUGGACUGCAAGAAGAUCAAACCUCUCCAUUCUUAAGGAAAUCAGCCCUGAGUGCUCACUGGAAGGACAGAUCCUGAAGCUGAGGCUCCAAUACUUUGGCCACCUCAAGAGAAGAGACGACUCCCUGGAAAAGACCCUGAUGUUGGGAAAGAUGGAGGGCACAAGGGGGCGACAGAGAACGAGAUGGUUGGACAGUGUUCUCAAAGCAACCAGCAUGAGUUUGACCAAACUGCGGGAGGCCGUGAAAGACAGGAGUGCCUGGCAUGCUCUGGUCCAUGGGGUCACAAAGAGUCGGACAUGAAUAAAUGACUAAACAACAACAACAACAACAGGACAGAAGUCGAUGACUAGAGAGUAACAGGAGAGGGAAGGAAUCAGCUAGGCACUGAAUUGUGUCCUAAAUACAACCUGCUUGACAAACAUUAUCUCAGUACAGUGGACGCUCGGGUUGCGAACAUGAUCUGUGCAGGAUGCACAUUCACAACCUGCAGCGGCGCAUCUGCGCACAUGUGGGUUGCAAUUCAGCACUUCUGCACAUGCACAAAGCACGAUUUAGCGUUUCUGCGCAUGCGCAACCUCCGAAACCCGGAAGUAACCCAUACCGGUACUUCCGGGUUUCGGCAGUGUGUAACCCGAAAAAAGGCAACCUGAAGCAUCUGUAACCCGAGGUAUGACUGUAAUUUUUAAAACAACCCCCUACGGUGCCCUGGUGUUAUUAUAUUCCUACAACAGGAUUUCUUUGUUUCUGAGGUACUCAGAAGAAAAGUGCUUAAACAAGAAACCCCAACCUUCCUCUCCACCUUGAGAGAGUGGGGAUUGUAAAUGUGGCCAUGCAGGGCUUUCGAGACCCCACAAAGAGCUAUUGCAAAAUAGUUUCUUCCAGCAGGAUGCUGAAACUCAGCUGGAGAGAUGUCAACUUCACUUAGAGAAAAUGCUGAUUUAUAUGCCAAAGUACCCUAUAAUUUAGGAGACUGGUAACGGUGCAAUGAACCAACAGCUUGCCAAUGCAUCCAGUAUGUGAUUUCUUUCAUAGCACACCCAAACCCGGCUAUAAUUGUAAUGGUUGUUCAUGGGCAUCUUUCAGAAUAUAACCCAGUAAACUUACAUUUAGGAUAAUUAACAGUAACGGGAGUUUAACAGACUUCAGAUUUCUUAAAGAGCAAACACACUUUACCACCCUUCUCCGCAAAGGCAAGUGCUAUUUGGAAUAUUGUUGAGUAACUGAUAGCUGAAAUUCCAACGCAGCAGACAUGUGUAGAUGCAAUGUCAUGCAGUGAAGGCAAUCUUUUAUUUCACCCAACUUGUUUAUGUGUUGUGAUUGUGAAGUGUCUUUCAGUCAUGUGUCAUGUGCAGAUCACUCUGCCCAACACCGGUGUCUCCAUUUUGGGUGAAAUGCUUGCAGAAUGCCACACACAAGGGUCAUCUGUUUACCCAUUAGGGAUGGGGGAGGGACUUGAUUCAGUUCAUAUUUAAAAACAGAGCUACUAAUAUACACUUUCCAGAACAACAUGCAAACCAGAACACAAUCAUCUUUCAAAAUCUGCUUUUCUAUCAAUUUUUGAAAUGCAAUUCUGCAGUAAUGUAAUAGUUACAAAAAUGCAUAUAUUGGGGUAAAGUGUUUAUUAAAGUGCAUAUAUUAGCAAAAAUAUACAGUUGUACCUUGGAAGCUGAACGCCUUGGCACUCGUACGCUUUGGCUCCCAAACGCCGCAAACCUGGAAGUGAGUGUUCCGGUUUGUGACUGUUCUUUGGAAGCCGAACAUCCGGUGCAGCUUCUGCAGCUUCCAAUUGUGUGCAGGAAGCUCCUGCAGCCAAUCGGAAGCCGCGCCUUGGUUGCCAAAUGUUUUGGAAGUCGAACAGAUUCCGUUCGGCUUCCAAGGUAUGACUGUACAGAAUCUAUUUGGGAAAAUUGCUUUGCAAAAUGGUGUAUUUUAGGCAAGACACCUGUAACAACAGAUAGUUGCUUCUUCACAUUUGGCAGGUGCAUUAUCUGAAGAAUAUAGGAAGCUGCCUUUCCAAAAUAGUGGCUUGCCAGAGUUUCACACGGAGCUCUUCACCAGCCUUACCUGGAUAUACUAGAGGCUGAACCUUCAACCACCUACAUUUAAUUUCAUUUGCCUCCAUGCAGGCAGGAAAAAGUCAACAUCAAAGUUUCUUUUUUAAAAAAAAGUUUUUAUUUAUACUUUUCUAGUUUAUGCAUUUCAUUAGUUUUACAAUCAAUUUAAGAUUUCAAAGUUUGACUUCCUUCCCCCUCUUUCUGCGGUUCCUUUUUUUUUAAUAUCUUCUGCAUAUCCAAAUUCAUUUAAUUAUCUACUUUAAAUAUAUACUCUUGUGAAACUGCAGGUUAUUGCAAUAAUCCUGCCAAUGUUUUUAUCUGUUUGCAAUUUAUCUGUAAAUAUUCAAUAAACCAUUUCCAUACUUUUAUAAAAAGUUUGUUAUCUUGAUUUCUUAUUCUUCCGGUAAGUUUUGCCAUUUCUGCAGGUUCCGUAAGUUUUUGUAUCCAUCAAUACCAGAGUUCCAGGGCACAUUCUGGGGAAAACAUUCAUGGAGGGAGUGGCCUACAGAAAGCAGGUGUGACUGGGAAGAGUUCAAAAGACCAGGGCCUGAGGUUCACCACACCUGUAGUUCAGGAAGACCCUCAGGAGCAGCUGUUUGGAAGGGGCCGAAGUGGCUGUUUCAGGAACAGAGAGGUGGAAAAGCCCCAUUGUGGAAGCGCUGCUCUUGACUCCAGCUGCUGCAUCUCCCUGGCUACUAUACAAUGUUUCUUUCUUGCUGGUCCUCUUGAUUAAGUUCGAGAGGAAUCCAGCUUUCCCCCCUGUUUAAGUGCUAUUGUGUUACCCCUUCAUCAAAACACCGAGCUGUGUAAUUACCUUCUGAGACAUGAGUCACCUUGGCUCUGAGUGCCCAGAGCUGCUUCCCUCUAUAAAAGGGGCUGCAAGGUCCCUCUACCUGCUCUUCUCAAGCCACCCGUUGCACAUCUAGGAAGAAAUGGAGCUCUGUUGGAUGCUGUGCCCACUUUGGUUUCUUGUGCUUUCGUUGACGUAUUCAGCUGCCGCCCCUGCUCUUUUUGCACUGCCGCGGACAGCCGGUUGGAAAGAUUUCUACCUGGCCCAGGUUGGUGGUGAUUUGCACAUCUUAAUGGCUUAGGGAGUGAUGCUAAGUCCCUCCUAGCAUAGCAAGGCUUUGCAGAGCAGCAGCCAGGGUGGAAGAUGUCCGGGUGCACAGGCAAACCACUGCAUUAGCCUAGAUCUGACGCAGCAGUUAGGUCCAGCUCAUGAACCACACUCCUGGAGAGCAUCUCCUUGUGAGGAAAGGCUGCAGAUGCUUUUUAGUUUAGAGAAAAGGCAAGUAGAAUCAUAGUAGAAUUGGAAGGGACCUUGAGGGUUACCGUAUUUUUCGCUCUAUAAGAUGCACCUGACCAUAAGACGCACCUAGUUUUUAGAGGAGGAAAACAAGAAACAAGAAAGCAAUGCAAAGCCUCUUGCUCUUCUGGCUUCAGGGAUAGCUGCGCAGCCUGCAUUUGCUCCAUAAUACGCUCCAUAAGACGCACACAUUUCCCCUUACUUUUUAGGAGGGGGGAAGUGUGUCUUAUAGAGCGAAAAAUACGGUAUUUUCUCCAACCUACUGCAAUGCAGGAAUAUGCAGCUGUCCAAUACGGGGAUUGAACCUGCAGCCUUGGCGUGAUCAGCACCACACUCUAACCAGCUGAACUAUUCCAGGCAGAGUAGAAAUGCUAGGAAUGGUGGGAUUUUUAUUUUCUGCACUACAUUGAGUGGAAUAUCGCCCCUCACUUUUUAUGCGUGGGUGGAGAAAGGUGUCCCCAUUCCCCCAAUGUCAUGGAAUUCAUGGGCACCCAGUGAAAUUGAACGCCAAAGAUUUGGUACAGACAGACAAUGGUCCUUCUUCACAAAGCACAGUUAUACUAUGGCUGGAGGAUGGGGAGUCCCAUCGUGCAAGCAGAAGUCGAUUCAUUUGUGCAUUUAGUUAGUUGAAUACUGCCCAAAGUUGGUGUUGCUUUCCUUUUGACCUGAGGCGGAGAAGCCAAAAUAUGGACUUUCUUUCUCAGGAGCCAAACAUCUCAGCCCUGCCCUGCCUUUCAUAAGUAUGCAUAUCAAAGCAAAAAAAAAAAAGUGGGGAUAAAAUGUCUUCCUUACCCCUUUCUUUCUCUUUCUCUCUGCCUGUAGGAAUACCUGGACAAAUAUUACACCCCGAAAGGAGAACAUCACGUUGGAGAAAUGACCAGCGGUAGCAAUUCCAUGACCAGGAAGGUCCAGCAGAUGCAGGCGUUCUUUGGCUUGCGUGUCACAGGGAAACUGGACUACAGUACCAUGGGAGUCAUGAAGAGGCCUCGGUGUGGCGUCCCUGACGUAGCAAACUAUCGCCUUUUCCCAGGGGAACCAAAGUGGAAAAAGAACACAUUGACAUACAGGUAACAGGCUGACAUCAAGCAUACAGUGGACGCUCGGGUUGCAAAUGUGAUCCGUGUGGGAGACAUGUUCACAACACGCAGCGAUCGCAACCCACAGAGCCGCAUCUGCGCACACUCAGGUCGUGAUUUGGCACUUCUGCUCAUGCGCAAAGUGUGAUUUAGUGCUUCUGGGCAUGCGCGAGCGCUGAAACCCGGAAGUAACCUGUUCUGGUACUUCUGGGUUCAGCGCAGUGCGCAACCCGAAAACACACAACCUGAAGUGUCUGUAACCCGAGGUAUGACUGUACUUGAAAUGUUUUAGAUUGUCCCCUCUCCCCAGGAGUUUUCUUCUUGUUAUCUGGCAAUCUGCAGAAGAUGCAGCAAUGGCCACCAACUUGGUUGGCUUUGAAAGAUGAUGGUGAUUAUAAUCUACUCGUCGUAGUGUAUAGUGUGGCAUGCUUCAUUAGGAUGAGCAUCCAGGGCCUUUUUUGUUGGUUGGUUUGUUUCAACAAAGGAAGAAGGGAGGGGGGAAAUGACAUGGCAAACAAAUAAGGAAGAGGUAAAGAGGCAAAAGGCUAAUGAAACAACCACAACAAGUGGUCAAGAAGCCAAAAUAGGAGAUUUAUUUCCUGCAGAGGCAGGGCAGAAUGGGAGGGCCAAGGGCAGGAUAGCUCCACCUUUGGGUUCUUCCUGGCGUAUCCAAUUUAUGUGCGAUCGCCAAUGCACGGGUCCUUUGGGACCUGGAAGAAGGCAAAACUGGGGUGAGAUGGGGCAGGGCACGCUCCACUGACACACGUGUCGGCCGCAAACCAAAUCCCCACACAAAAUGCUUGCCACCUGUGUACACCAUGCCUUUUCUACGGGCAAAAUUAUGCAACUGACUCUGGGCUUAUCUUAUCAGAAUUCACCUUGUGGGUUGCCUGUUUGUGCUUUUUGGGGGGUAUGAACUACAUGACACUAUCCAGGUGGCAUGUCAGUUUUCCUGCAGUUAAAACCCACAUUUUGUCUAACCACUAGCAGUGCAAAAAGGUUUUCUAAAACAAUUACCGUAUUUUUCACCCCAUAGGACGCACCGCCCUAUAGGACGCACCUAGUUUUGGGGGGGGUGAAAUAAAGGGGGGGAAUUAUUAUUUUUUUCCCCAGGCACGGGGCUGGGGCGGGGGAAGCCCGAGCUUCCCCCUGCCCCAGAACGGGUCCCAGAGCGAUGCAGAAGCUGCGCCGGGCUCCGGAGGGUUGCGCAGAGCUUCCUGAAGCCUGGAGAGCGAGAGCCUCUCGCUCUCCAGGCUUCAGCGAAAGCCUGUAUUCGCCCCAUAGGAUGCACCCACAUUUCCCCUUCAUUUUUGGAGGGGAAAAAAAUGUGUCCUAUAGGGCGAAAAUACGGUACAUUCAUGCAUUUGGCAUAUUGCGGUUUUUGGAUUACAUUGGGUUUGUCUGCUUUCAGACCCUGCCUCCUCGUUGGUGCCCAUAACCAUGUCAUGCAGCCCUCUCUCACACACACCCUCCUGCCUUCUUUUUCACUGUUGCUGCAAUUCUUUUCUGGGUGCACCUUCUGGGUGUAUUUACCUGGGAGGAAGUUCCUUUGCACUGAAUAGGGCUCACAUCUGAGUAGGAGUGCCUGAGAUUGUGCUGUGAGUUGUGUUAGUCACUAAAGAACACAGGCUGGAUUUUCCUUUAUUCACUGGAUGGCAGCUGUUGUAAGACACAUAUUUCCCCCACCCCAAAAAAAUAAAAAUGAUGCGCUAAAAUGAAUGUACUCAGAGAAAAUAUAGAGCUGAUAGCAGGGUGAGAUAGCAAUUCUGACUGCUGAAACACAUUGUUAGGGAGUUGCAGGGAUGAAAGUCAGAGCGUAGUAGCAACCUAACAAUGCCUCAAAAACGUGUGGUGAUGGGGAGAGAGAGACACAAACAGAGUGCGUGUGUUUUCCUUAUUUUGUCUGGAAGCACAGAUAGAAGGCUGUUUCAACAGUGCUGAUGGACUGCUUAUGAAGGGUCCGUGGUUUUUAAAAAUCAUCAACAUGACUCUUGAUCUGGAAUAGAAAUUGGCAGAAUGUGUAAAGUAAAAAGGUAAAGGACCCCUGGACGGAUAAAUCCAGUCAAAGGCGACUAUGAGGUGCAGUGCUCAUCUUGCUUUUCAGGCCAAGGGAGCCAGUGUUUGUCCACAGACAGCUUUCCCGGUCAUGUGGCCAGCAUGAUGAACUGCUUCUGGCGCAACAGGACACCGUGAUGAGUGCCAGAGCACACGGAAAUGCUGUUUGCCUUCCCGCCGCAGUGGUACCUAUUUAUCUACUUGCACUGGUGUGCUUUCCAACUGCUAGGUUGGCAGGAGCUGGGACAGAGCAACGGGAGCUCACCCUGUAGCUUGGAUUUAACUGCUGACCAUCUGAUCAGCAAGCCCAAGAGCCUCACUGGUUUAGACCACAGUGCCACCCGCUUCUCUUAAAUGUGGGUAGUCCUAGUACAAUGCAAUAUGAGAACAGUGAACAACCAGCCUUGGUAUGGAACCAUGGAGGGCUGCAAUCAACAAAACAGAUUUAGAAAAUGUGGAUUUUCAACAGCGGUGCAAAAGAGUCAUCAGUCAUGUUUGGAAUGAGAUAGAGGGCUGACCACAAAGUUACUCCCUUUUCUUAUUAAUGACAAUGGCCCCACCUGAAGGAUGCAAGGCAACAUGUCCUCACCAUCAGCCAACUCAAUUAUGAGUCCUGCAUAGACCUUCCUUGAGCUCCAUGACCUACCUAAUAUCCUUGGAAGCAGCUUGCAGUACUAGGGAGGCAAAUUGUAUGGUGGGAGACCACUCUGUAGAAUGUAGCUGGUACAUGGGGGGUGGGAUGACAACUUAUUUAUCAAGCGUUUAUCCUGAUUUUCUCACACAAAGUUUCUGCAGCAGUUAGACUAUGUCCAGUCUUUACAGAGCAUUCAUUUCGAUUGCUAUAUGGAGUUGUUACACAACAAAGAUUGCAUUAUAUUCUCAACAAAUGUUCUUAAACCGCGAUGAAUUGAAAAUAUACCCAAGCACCACAGACCUUGUUGUCCGCUAACAUUUUACAUGGAAAGUGCCCUUUAUUAUAGCUGUUUUAUGGGAGUGCUCAUUUACCUUUCCAAAGAUUGCUAUCAGACUAGGAAAUUUAGUUUGGCUCACAUUUUGCAUUUUUAAAAGUACCUAAUUCACACUUCCCAAAACAAUACACCAGCCGUAACCCAGCUAUCCAUCGAAAAUCACACUUCACCAAAUUUUGUUAUGCAUAUAUCUAAAGAAAGUGUGAAUUUAAGUGCAACAUGCAAAAAUGAAUUACUUUAGGAGAAAAUGUGUAUAUUAGGCAAAAUUGCAUAAAAUCCUGGUGAAUUUUCAUGAGAUUUUUUUUAAAAAAAUGCAAACUAGUGCAGAAAUGUGAGUGAAAUUAGAAACUUAAAUUGCAGGUUCCUCCAUUCCUAGUUCAGAUUAUUACUCUUUCUUUACUGUAUGUGUUGGAUUUCCCUUUAUCUUGAUAACCUGGCUUUAUCAUUCCCAUCAUUCAGGAGCAGCUAGGGGGCAGUAGGAGGUCCACUGUGGACCUAGGCUGCCAGCAGCCACAUCGCUGCUGGCAAACCAGGAAGGGGUGAGGUAGGGCUGUGGUGAGGCCAGGAUGGUUCAGGCAUAUUGGCAGGAGCACCAGGUUGGCUAUGCCGGUACACCUGAACAACCCCAUCGCCACUGCCACCCAGUCUCACCUUGCUCGCAAUCCCAGUUCACAGCAACAGGUGAGAGGGGGGACAGUCUACUGCAUCACUCUUCCCCUCUGGCCGCUCCUGCCAUCGUUGCAUAUCUGCAUCCUGAAACGUGUCAUUUCCCUCCUCAGAGUAACAAAAUAUACAUCAAGCCUGAGUCACGCAGAUGUUGACAAGGCCGUGGAGAUGGGGUUGAAAGCCUGGAGCGCGGCUGCCCCUCUGAAUUUUGUAAAGGCCACCUCGGGAGAAGCGGAUAUCAUGAUAUCGUUCCAAAGCGGAGGUAAUUGUUAUCACUAAAGUCUGCGACACUAGCUGCUCAACCUUUGCGCUAUUGUGAAGAGGUUAAGCUGGGCAAAAUAAUAAGGCAAUUUAUUUAUGCUGGUUUAGAUGCACGGAACCGUCCCUUGGAAAGUGGCAAGUGUGAAAAACGGCUAGAGGAUGAAAGGGCAGCCGUAACAAAAAGGGAACAUUUCUAAAUAUUUUUUAAAGCAUGGGCAAACACAUUGCACAGUUCUGCAUGAGAGUGCUUCAGGAAGGCUGCCACAGAGCUCAUAUGGAAGUGCUGUUUGUGAGACAUGGAAGUGCCUCCAUGUGUACAAACUCCUAAAUUCCUGUAGCGGUGCUACUCCCCCCCCCCCCCAAGUCUUCACUCAGUGUUAGGGCCAGAGUUCAGUUCUUAGCAACAGCAGCAGCAGUCACAACAACAGCAGCGUAUCCAUAGAGCAUUAUCAACGUAAGCUGCAUUUUUAAAGUAAAGGGAGAAGAACCUGCCCUGAGGAGCUUACAAUCCAAAAUUUGACAUUAGGGAGAGAAUUGAGGCAGGGAGUAGGGAAAGAGAGAGAGAAGUACAACAGGAAUGAUGUGGGUGUAUACUGUACGGCUGACCUUGAUUUUGUUGCUGUUGACCUGAGAUUUUUAACAAGGGAAUAUUUGAAAGAAGUGCAACCAGUGUGCCGUGGCGCCCUGGGGUGCCUUGAAUGAUGCAGCGGGCAACACUGGCCUCUGUUCCUCUUUCCUUCCCUCCCUCCUCUGAUGCCCUCUCACGUCUCUGCCUCCCAAAGGCUUGCACACCUGUUUGUUGCAGCGGCCCUGGCUACAAGCUCCCCAGGCAAAUCGUGCCUUGGGGGCUGGCCAAGGGGUGCUGGUUGCCAGGAGCUGAGGUGGCCUCAGAGGAAGCAAGCAAGCAGGUGAGGGAGUCCAGCCAGCCAGUCCGCCAGCCCUUGCUGUUGGGAAUGGACAGACAAGACCCAGGCCCCUGUGGGGCAGUGUGAGGAGGCACCUCUCUUUGGGGUAGGGGGGCAGCUCAGAGACCAGGGGCGGCAGCUGCAGCUGCUCAGAGGACUCCCAAGGAGAGGGGAGAGGAGGCUGAGGGAACACUCCACAAGAGAGGGUGUUCAACAAAGGGUGAGAGGCUGCCAGCUCUACAGGCAAGGGGUGACAUAACUGGGCUCCUGAGCCCCACAGGGGUGCCGCAGAAAGAAUGUAGUUGGUCAAGGGAGCCAUGGAUUCAAAAAGGUUGAAAACCUCUGCAUUAGGGGCAUCAAAGCCUUGCAUGUAUUGUAUAUGAAAAAUGACCAUUUCAGGCAAUCACAUAGUAGCUUGGUCUUUGUACCCAGACACUGGCAGAUUUGUAAGGGAUUUUGCAAUAUGUUUCAGAUUCCAUUGAAAUGCUCUUGUUUGUGGGAGCCGCUGAGACCACAAUGGAACGCACUGUGCAACUUAUGUCUCUCUGAUCUAACCAUUACACCACCUGCCAUGACUGUAAAGUCACAUGAUGUUCCUUGUACUCUGUGUUAGAUCAUGGGGACUCCUAUCCAUUUGACGGCCCGCGGGGGACUCUAGCCCACGCUUUCGCACCUGGGGAAGGACUGGGCGGAGACACCCAUUUCGACAACGCGGAGAAGUGGACGAUGGGAAUGAAUGGUAGGUGCAAAGCCACACAAUGACCCGAAAGCACCCAAAAGAAGCAAUUUGUCCCCAGCUAAUCAAGUAUGGCAGAAUGCACAGACAACUGAAUAUGUAUCAGAGAGAAACUCACCAUUACUUAUAUGAAAUAUAUUGUUUUGUAUCAUGUAGGGUUUAAUCUAUUCACUGUCGCGGCUCAUGAAUUUGGCCACGCCUUGGGCCUUGCCCAUUCAGCCGACCCAUCAGCUCUGAUGUAUCCAACAUAUAGAUACCAACAUCCAUAUGGCUUCCAUCUCCCGAAAGAUGACGUGAAAGGGAUCCAGGCCCUUUACGGUAAUAAUUUAGAUGCUUGCUUUUAUUUAUUUCAAGAGUUCUUUCUCCAGAUUGAACUAGAGGGCAGCGUACAGUAUAAACAGCAAUCUAAAAACAACAGAGAAUAAAAUCAUAUGUCAGUUACAAAAGCAGCAGCACUGAGGCGAAACUCCAACCUUUGCUUAAAAAUCCAGCCACCGAGAGUGAGACGGGGCAGCGCAAACUUCUUGGCCAUAAUAAUAAUAAUAUAUUAUUUAUACCCCGCCCAUCUGGCUGCGCUUCCCCAACCACUCUGGGCGGCUUUCAACAAAAUAUUAAAAUACAAUAUUGCAUCAAAGAUUAAAAGCUUCCCUAAAUAGGGCUGCCUUCAGAUGUCUUCUAAAAGUCUGGUAGUUGCUGUUCUCUUUGACAUCUGGUGGGAGGGUGUUCCACAGGGUGGGUGCCACUACCAAGAAGGCCCUCUGCCUGGUUCCCUGUAACUUUGCUUCUCGCAGUGAAGGAACUGCCAGGAGGCCCUCAGCGCUGGACCUCAGUGUCUGGGUAGAACGGUGGGGGUGGAGACGCUCCUUCAGAUAUACUGGACCGAGGGCAUCACAAUGCUGCCACUUGUCAGGACUAGGAUGGAGCAGAGCAGUGGUGAGGGCCAAAUAAGUGAGCAGUGGGAAUGCUCACCUUCCCCUCCCCUUGCUGCCACCCCAUGCCCCACCCCAUUCCAGGAAGCAGCAGGACCACCACAAAUUUGCUCACCUUUCCAAGGUCAGGCCAUGUUGUGGGACAGCACCUCCUCCCAGCUGUAUCUGGCAAGGGUGCAAUUGUUUUGAAGUUUUCCCUGGUUGUCAUGAUUCCCUAGAGCAGGCAUGGCCAAACUUGGCCCUCCAGAUGUUUUGGGACUACAACUCCCGUCGUCCCUAGCUAAAAGGACCAGUGGUCAGGGAUGAUAGGAACUGUAGUCCCAAAACAUCUGGAGGGCCAAGUUUGGCCAUGCCUGCCCUAGAGGGACCUCACACCAGCCGGGAAGCCAGACUGUAGCCUGCCCACAAAUGGGCCAAUUGCAGGCAGGCUGCUAGGCUGGCUCCGCCCUAGGGGCAGGCCCAGCCGAGCCGACAGGCUUCUCUUGGGUCUGCUCCUCAGGUAUAAAUUCCCACCAGCCUCAGCCCUUUGCAUCAGAACCAGGAGGACAGCACAGCAGCAGCGGCCAACCUGGUGAAUUGCAAGUCCCCCCGUAAUUAUUUACACCCCUAAGGUGCCUUCUUCCUCUGUUCAUUUCCAUCCUGCAACUAGUCCUUGUCGGCUGGUAUUUAUUGAAUAUUUUCUACCAACAGAACCAUAUUCAAUGGGCCUCAUAGGAAGACGUACAAUGAAUACACUUCCAGCACUUAAUUGCACAACUCGUAAUAGCUUUCAGCUAAAUGUAUGGAAUUAUCUCCACUUUAAGACAAGCAUUGGGUUAAUCUGGGAUGACCUAUUCUUACAAACAAGUUAUAAUUUGAUGUUAUGGUUGGCAUGUGUGAAUCAGCCUUCUUCCAUGCAGUGUUUCAUAAAAUUCACAGCCUAACUAUUCAAAUAUCACGAUCCACCAGGAAUUCCAGAAUGCAGGUUUUUGUAUUGUUACAGAUAUGGAGUUAGUGAAUGUCAGAAACUAGUAAAAUGGUAGAAUUUAGAUAAUACUGGAGUACUGAAGGGAAGAUUCAAGGCAAGUAAAAAAAAAAUACAGGCUAAGCUUCCUUUCCAGGUCAGGGAUAGAGGACUUAACAUGACAAAAGAUGUUGAAAUUGAUUAAAGAGGAAUCCUUGGGUCUGUGCCAAUAAAAGUUGCCAAACAAAAUUUUAUGUGCAAAACAAAACUGCUCUUUUGUACCCCCAAAAAGCAAAAACCGGAGAAUAGUUGGCACAGGCCUAUAUUAAACAUACUGCAGAAGAUAUAAAAAUGAGGUGGAGGGUAGAAUCAAUGGGUUGUAUUAAGUUACGUUUUAUUUAGGGUACACCCAUUGAAAUGAAUGGACAUGACUCACCUAGGUUCAUCAAUUGCAUUGGGUCUACUCUGAGCGAACUUUAAUUGAAUGCAACCCAAUAUAUUGAAUGGGGUAAAAUGGGACUUACACGGGAUACAUGGCCACAGGCAAGUCAAUAUAUGUACUAAGUGCAGUUUUAACUUGGUUUGUGUGUCGUAUUCUAGGGUCACGGCUAUCUGGAUCCAAAGUACCACAAGUACCGCAUCCGCCUCUUUCCAAACCACCAACUCCGGCUGAUCCAGACCACUGUGACGCCACGUUUUCGUUUGAUGCUGUUACGAUGCUAGGGAAAGAACUUCUUUUCUUCAAGGAUAGGUGAGAUUCCCGAUUGAUCUAACCUGCAAGAGGCAAGGCUAUAUCAGUGCUUGUGUUUUCCACGCCUUUUUUGGGUUGUUGCUUUUCUAAGGAAGCUCCCAACUCUGCUCUCCAAAUAUGACAAUUGAGUUCAAAGUCCCUCCUUUGCAAAGAAAAAUGAAAUAAUCCCUUGAUUGCGGGACCAGGCAUCAGACUUCCCAUACUCCAACCUGUAUAAUAAGAGACCAAUAAGACUGGGUUUUGGGUCAAAACAGGUCACAGCUGUAUUGAAUACAGAUGAAAGAGGUUUGGCUGGGGCAUGGGGCAAUCUAAAUACUUCCGGCCCACCCGCGUGACGCGUGGCCAAUCCUAAGACUUACAUCUAAUAGGGUGACCUAAUCUAAUAGGGUGAUCUAAUAAGAUUCCACCUAAACAUUAGGAAGAACUUCCUGACAGUAAGAGCUGUUUGACAGUGGAAUUUGCUGCCAAGGAGUGUAGUGGAGUCUCCUUCUUUGGAGGUCUUUAAGCAGAGGCUUGACAACCAUAUGUCAGGAGUGCUCUGAUGGUGUUUCCUGCUUGGCAGGGGGUUGGACUCGAUGGCCCUUGUGGUCUCUUCCAGCUCUAUGAUUCUAUGAUUCUAUGAUUCUAUGAUUCUAUGACCCACACAGGGACCGCCGUCUGGGGGACUGCCUUCAGCCCUGGCCCCCCUGGGCAUGUGGACAUGGCCACUCCCUCUGGAUCCCUUUAACGGGAUACCCCAGCAUUUGGAGGGGCAGGCGGAGACUACAACCUCCCCUCCAUCCAAAACAAAGGAUUGCCCCAAUGCCCAACCAGUUGUGAUGAUUGCUAUGAAGUAGGCAAAACCACCAGGUCAGUGACAAUUUGCCCUGUGGGCAAAUUCCUACCCGGCCCCUUGAAGGACGGCGACCACCGUAGCCACAGCAAAGUCAUUGACUAUCGGCUUAAACUGAGGGUAGGUUGGUGGCAGGAACAAACAGGUUGAGCUCCAGGUGCUGGCUGCUUAAAUGAACAAGGGGUGGAUCCGAGGGAAGCCCGCCGUCGGCUCCAUCUGCAGCACCCCCGGCACAGCCCAAGGCCCAGCCUGCAGCCCCAUUUGUCAAAGCAGGGGACAGGCUAGGAUUUGGUUCCUGAUAGACGGAGAGGGUUCAUGCCCCCUCCACCUAUCAGGAAAGGCACAGCAGUUUGAAUUCCCAUGUUGGGGCCCCAGUGAAGCCUCCUCCAUCCCACAAUGCCACCACAUGCAAAAGGGGUGAGCGGGCUUGUUGUUGAAACUACCGUAUUUUUCGCACCAUAGGGCGCACCGGACCAUAGGGCGCACCUAGUUAUGGGAGGCGGAAAACAAGAAAAAAUUAUUCUGAACCCCAGAAGCCAGAACAGCAAGAGGGAUCUGGCUUCUGGGAUACCGUGUGGCUGUUCUGGCUUCUGGGGUAACCACGCCAAGCCUCCUCAGGGCAGCGGGAUGAAGGCUCCCCCUGCCCAAAGAGGCUGCGAGGGCUAAAGCAGAAGCCAGGACAGACGUGUCGCUGAAGGGGCACUGCGCCUUCUCUCUCUCUGUGCAGCGCCCCUCCUUCACAGAAGAGGCACUGCGCAGAGAGGGAGAGGGUGCAGCGCCCCUUCAGUGAAGCUGGAGAAGGAACAGAAGAAGACCCUUCUGUUCCUCCUCCGGCUUCGCUGGACAGGCGCGUCGCUGCGAAGCGGGAGGAGGAACAGAAGGAGUCCCUUCUGUUCCUCCUCCGCCUUCGCAAGACAGGCGCGUCGCUCAAGGGGCGCUACGCCUUCUCUCUCUCUGCGCAGCGCCACUACUUCACAGGAGAGGCACUGCGCAGAGAGGAAAGGCGCAGCGCCCUUCAGCGAGCUGGAGAAGGAACAGAAGGAGACCUUCUGUUCCCCCUCCGGCUUCCAGGACAGGCGCGUCGCCGCGAAGCCAAGGAACCUGCAUUCGCUCCAUAGGACGCACACACAUUUCCCCUUCAUUUUUGGAGGGGAAAAAGUGCGUCCUAUAGAGCGAAAAAUACGGUACAUUGCUUCAUAUACAGCUCUUGGUUUUGAAGAGUGCGUCUCAUGUUAGCAUUCCCUUUAUCUGCUUUCUGUUGUCAAAAUGACUAGUCUCUUCUCCCACAUUUGUUAGCUCAAGCCUAGGAGUAGGGAGGGAUGAAAUGUUUCAGUUUCUAACAGCGAAAAAUAGCUAUCUACUCACCUCAGGUCUCUCGCUUAAAAAUCAACAAGAGGAGACUGAGAGGAGAUAUGCUGGCCAUCUUCAAAUAUCGAAAGGGCUGUCACGUGGUGGAAGGAACAGGCUUGCUUUCUCCUGCUCCUUAAGAUACUGGUUACAAUAAAGCAGAUUCUGACUAUACAUCAGGAAGAACUUUCUGGAAGUAAAAACUGUUCAUUUUUUUAAAAAUGAUAUUUAUUAAAAGUUUAAAAAUUACAGAAAAAAGAAGAAAAAAGAAAAAAGAAAAUAUAACAAUAAAAAAGAAAAAGAACAAUAACAAAACAUAUAAAACAUAUAGAAACCAUACAUCAAUACAGCAAAAAAGACAGACAAAAAAGAAAACUAAAACACACAUCCAGUAUUCCAUGUCUUUACCUUUCCUUUACUUGUUUCAUUGACCUCCUCACACCUCCCUUUAUUUGUAUUCUAGUUCAAUUCACUAUUUCAGCAAGUUCUUCCCAUCUUUCUCAAUUUUUAUUCUAUAGUUUAUCUUAACGGUCUAACCUUAAAUUUUUUCAAUUUAACCCAUUAUCAAUCAAAUUUUACUUAAUUCUUUGUUGUAUUUCUACUAAAACCAUGUAACUUCAUUCUCGCAUCCUUCUAAUACUCAUUAAUUUUACAAUGUUUCUGUAAGUAUACUUUAAAUUUUUUCCAAUCUUCUUCCACCGACUCUUCUCCCUGGUCUCGAAUUCUGCCAGUCAUUUCUGCCAGUUCCAUAUAGUCCAUCAGCUUCAUCUGCCAUUCUUCCCUGGUGGGUAGGUCUUGUGUCUUCCAAUACUUUGCAAUGAGUAUUCUUGCUGCUGUUGUAGUGUACAUAAAGAAAGUUCUAUCUUUCUUUGGCACCAAUUGGCCGACCAUGCCCAGGAGAAAGGCCUCUGGUUUCUUCAGGAAGGUAUAUUUAUAUACCUUUUUCAUUUCGUUAUAGAUCAUCUCCCAGAAUGCCUUAAUCUUUGGGCAUGUCCACCAAAGGUGAAAGAAUGUACCUUCAGUUUCAUUACAUUUCCAACAUUUAUUAUCGGGCAAAUGAUAGAUUUUUGCAAGCUUGACUGGUGUUAUGUACCACCUAUAAAUCAUUUUCAUUAAAUUCUCUUUUAAGGCAUUGCAUGCCGUAAACUUCAUACCAGUGGUCCAUAACUGUUCCCAGUCAGCCAUCAUAAUAUUAUGUCCAACAUCUUAUGCCCAUUUAAUCAUAGCAGAUUUCACCAUUUCAUCUUGAGUAUUCCAUUUCAACAGCAAGUUAUACAUUCUUGACAAAUUCUUAACUUUAGGGUCUAACAAUUCUGUUUCCAACUUUGAUUUUUCCAUCUGGAAGCCAAUUUUUUUAUCCAAAUUGUACGCCUCCAUUAUUUGAUAAUAAUGGAGCCAAUCUCGUACUCUGUUUUUAAUUUUUCAAAACUCUGCAGUUUUAGUCUGUCUCCCUCUUGUUCCAAAAUUUCCCAAUACUUCGGCCAUUUGGCCUCCAUAUUGAGUUUUUUCUGAGCCUUUGCUUCCAUUGGUGACAACCAUCUUGGGGUUUUAUUUUCUAACAAAUCCUUAUAUCUUAUCCAGACAUUAAACAGUGCUUUUCUUACAAUAUGGUUUUUGAACGCUUUGUGUGCUUUAACCUUAUCAUACCACAAAUAUGCAUGCCAACCAAAUACAUUGUUGAAACCUUCCAAAUCCAAAACAUCCGUGUAAUGUAAGUAAAAACUGUUCAACAGUGGAACAGACUUCCUUUAAAGAUGGUGGAUUCUCCUUCAUUUGAGGUUUUUAGCAGAGGUUGGGUGGCCAUCUCUCAGGUAUAAUCUAGUUGAGAUUCCUGCAUUGCAGGGGGUUGGGCCCUUGGGGUCCCUUCCAACUUUAUGAUUCUAUGAGUAGGACAUAAUCUAGUCUUGCCCCUUUGAUUUAUUUGGCAAACAGCCUGAAAGCAAAAGCAUUAUCCAUGCUGGUAGCCGCACUUCUCGUUCUGGUUGACAAGCCAGUGAAUUCUGACACUUAAAAACAUCUUGAGAUGCAAACAUUUUCUGUUCAGUUUGUUUUUUCUUCCUUCUUCUCCCCCUGAACAGGCUCUUCUGGAGAAGGCAGGCUCAGCUGACGUCAAGCGUACAGCCACUUUCCAUCACAAGCUCUUUCCCUCAGCUCAUGUCGAACGUGGACGCUGCCUACGAAGUAGCUGACAGAGGAGUUGCUUAUUUUUUCAAGGGUGAGUGACGCUUGAAAGCUGUUGCACUUUGGCUCCAGAAUAUUAAGUAUACCAAGGAUUGUGCAUCAUUUCCAUAUUGACAACACUUAAAGGUAAAGGUAAAGGGACCCCUGACCAUUAAGUCCAGUCGUGACCGAUUCUGGGGUUGUAGCGCUCAUCUCGCUUUAUUGGCCAAGGGAGCCGGCAUACAGCUUCCAGGUCAUGUGGCCAGCAUGACUAAGCCGCUUCUGGCGAACCAGAGCAGCGCACGGAAACGCCGUUUACCUUCCCGCUGGAGCGGUACCUAUUUAUCUACUUGCACUUUGACCUGCUUUUGAACUGCUAGGUUGACAGGAGCAGGGACCGAGCAAUGGGAGCUCACCCCAUCGCGGGGAUUCGAACCACCGACCUUCUGAUCAGCAAGUCCUAGGAUCUGUGGUUUAACCCACAGUGCUUACUAAGAUUCUUAUUCAUCCUGAAAACAGCAUUGUGAGAAAUGCCGGUUGAUUAAGCCACUCAGAAAUUGCCAAGCCUAGCUGGGAGCAGCAUUCAGCUUAGCAGGCUGCAUGGUGCAGCAGAGAGUAGCCAACAGGAUGCCGUACAGAUGUUGUUGGACUACAACUUCUAUCCUCCAUGAACACUGGCCAUGCUAGUUGGGGCUGUUGGGAACUUGAGCCCCACAACAUCUGGAAGGGGGCGCUAUGAUGGAUAACCUUGACAUAACACCAUUCUGAGAAGAGGGCUCUGGAAAAAUAAUGGAGGUCACCACCUCAGGACGCCAUUUUGAUUUACCCAAGCCUCCUCAGAAUGUGGUCAGCAAUGGGAAAAGAAGGAAGCUUUCAGCAGAGCUCUUCCCCAAGCAAAUUUAAUGGGUUUCAAUUGGUUGUGGUUGAUUUUCUCCACUUCCAGUGAAGAAAAAGAGUUUGGAUUUGAUAUCCCGCUUUAUCACUACCCGAAGGAGUCUCAAAGCGGCUAACAUUCUCCUUUCCCUUCCUCCCCCACAACAAACACUCUGUGAGGUGAGUGAGUGUGACUAGCCCAAGGUCACCCAGCAGCUGCAUGUGGAGGAGCAGGGAAUCGAACCUGGUUCCCCAGAUUACGAGACUACCACUCUUAACCACUACACCACACUGGCUCAAUUGCAGUUAAUUAACUGCAUCACAGUCAGUUACAGGUUUUUUGUUCCAGUGAGUGAACUCAAUGGGUUCUUCUGUUGAUGGAAUUAGACACAAAUCCAAACUCACUUUGUAGAAUACUCUUCGCAUUGACAUCAGACAUGUGUCAGCAGUUUUGGUCUUUCAACACAUAUUAAAGCCCUUAAUAAAAAAAAAUUAUAAUUCCCAAGCAUUCCUGGGUUAGCAACCUAGCCACAUUUCAAUCAUAUACUAGUUGUCCUGCUGUUCUAAUUCACCUAUGGGGAACCACAGGCUUAAUUCGGUCUUUCAGGACUCCCCACAAGGCCAGUUCAGCCAAGCCACAACUACCUGACAUCAUAUGUUAGCCAGAAGGGGGUUUGCAGGCUCCACAAAUCAGCAAAGACCUGUGAACUUACUAUUAUUAUUAUUUGCUGUUGUUUUUAUAAUAUUGCUGACAUUGCUGGUUUUUGUAUUCUACCAUACACUGCUUUGAAAUUUUUGUGGUUAUGUGGUCUAUAAGUACUGUACACAAGUAAAUAAAUCAAAGGUUAGAUGUUGGGAGAUUCAAGCUAUAAAUGUCCUCGAAGCAAAUAUAUUGUUGUGUUGUUGUUGCUGCUGUUGUUGAUUCCUGUUUGCCAGGCCCCCAUUACUGGACAACUCGCGGGUUCCAAAUGCAGGGCUCUCCACGAGCCAUCGCAGACUUUGGAUUUCCUAGGAAUGUGCUACAAAUAGAUGCAGCUGUCUACCUGAGGGAUGAAAAGAAGACGCUCUUCUUUGUAGGAGAUGACUAUUACAGGUUCAUUUAUUAUUGCUUCUUAAUACAAACAUUGGGGGGUGGGGGAAUCACUUGUGAAACCAGACAUCAUCCCUUGGUGCUGAAAAGAAGUGGGGGGGGGGGAGAGGACAUGCUUUCCUUUCUCAUAAUAUUUGAACUUGGAGUCACCUAGUUAAGGUGAUUGGUUCAGAACCAAUUAAGUGUAAGCUCUAGUGGGUUUUUUCAACUGCCCCUCUGCAAAACAGGUCUAUUGCAUGGAGGAGAAUGCAAUUGUAAGCAUCCUUUUUUCAAAAAAGAGAGCAAGAGGGAGAAAUGCUCAGGAAGUUUAUCUUUUGCAUGCCCAUUCCCUGCCCUGGGGCUGUAUUUUUAACAAGUUUACAGCUAUGCUAGUCACCUUCAAUUGUGUGUGGGUGUGUUUCGCUGCAGCUGAACAGACAUUCAGGUGGCAAUCUUAUACUCAUCUAGGAACAAGUCCCACUGAACUGAGCGUGGCUUAGUUCUGAGUGGAAAUGUCAGAUACAGAUUUCCAUACCUUAAUCAGGAUGGAACUAUGGCUUCCCUUUUUCUAGCAUUACUUAUUACAUAAUCCAGGCAACCUGUUGUCGUCCCCAAUCCACACUUCUCAGUGGAUAAUUUGCAAGGAUUGGGGCUUCCAUUUAACUAUUAAACCUUUGGUACCAAAUAGUAUGGGAAACAGCCUUACUAGAAAAAUUAACCAAUAAACUGAAACUGACACAGGGCUCAAAUAGAAGAAGACGCCUUCACCCCAGUAUGGCUCCCCUUUAUCACAUACACAGCCCAACAAGACAAUGACAAAAAUCCACCAACAGCAUACAAAUCAAUAUGGCUAACCUGAUCCAAAACACCCACGCACCCCCCCUCACACAUGAAAACAAAGAUCACCACAGCCAGUCACAAACAAACAACCACACCCUGGGCCAACCCCAACCUCUCUCACCACCAAAGGAACACAAGUGAAUAGUAGAGAACCUGCACAAGCGACGCUGACACCAAACCCCACAUAUAUUAAGUAUAAUAGAAACAUUGCCACCCGACCCCACCCCCACCCAUCUUUCCCCUUCCCCUUCUUCUUCCUAAUGUCUCAACAAAUGAAAGUGAUCUGUAAAAAAAUGUUACUUGGAGAAAAGAGAGAGAGAGAGAGAGAGAGAGAGAGAGAUUGCACAUACUUUUGUAAACUAAGAAAAUCUUUAAUAAAAAUACAUUUUAAAAAAACUAUUAAACCUUUGAUUAGGUAAAAUUCACAAAGCACACUUUUUAAUGUGCGCAGUCAUGGGGGGGGGGGGGAGAGAGAGAGAGAGAGAGAGAGAGAGAGAGAGAGAGACAGACUAGUGGAAGAACCAAACAUGCACAAAUUCCAGAUUAAUCCUAGACAUUUUCCAAAAAGAAUCCAAGGGCAGGUGGAAUCAAAGGUGGGUUACCACUGAUCUGCUGAAGACUAACAAGAUGGAAUGUGAGAAAUCUGCCCCUUGCCUAGAACAAAGAGAAGUACUUUUUUGCAUAAUGCACAGUUCUCUACCACAAGAUACAGUGAUGCCUAUUGACACAGAUGCUUCUGUCAGCAGCUAUUAGUCACGUUACCUAAUGGAACGUCCAUAUACAGACACAGUAUAGCUCUGUAUAUACCAUGUUCUGUUUAUGAAGACCCAAAGCUAUCUGGCUCACUGCUGUUAAAAACAGAAUGGCAGGCUUGGGCUUGUUUGUUUGUUUACUAGAUUUAUUCCAUGCCCCUCUACAAAGAAAUAUUAACUGUGUGCUAAGAUGGACCUUAGUCUAUUUCGACAAACUAAGUGAUCAGGCAAUGAUAAGCCUCAAGUCACAACUAAACAACGAACUAGAUGAGACCUGGCUAGGCAAUUCUUUCACACAAUCAAAAGCACUUUUGACUCAAAGCUUGCUGUCCCGUUGCAAUCAUUACAGCGAAACUGCUUUUCCAAGAACGUCUUGCAUAUGGUAUAAAAAUAAACCUUCUAUAGUGUGGGUUGAAACCUAUUUAUAUCUUGAUAGACAAGAGCAAUAGGUUUGAAAUUCUCCUUUUAUGGCAUUCCUUUCUCUCAAAAGCUAUGACGAAGCCAAAAGAAAAAUGGAAAAGGAUUUCCCAAAGAGCAUCGAGGACGAGUUCUCGGGAAUCAGUGGCAGGAUUGAUGCAGCAGUAGAAGUAAAUGGUAAGUAGUUACUCCAUCAUGAUGCAUCAUCAAUACAGGGUAGCUAAUGUUGCACUGCAGACUGGGCGACAGCUUACAUUAUGCCUGGGCAAUGGCCAAGGUGGCUUGGGCUGAUGGGAACUGGAGUCCAACAACAAAGGGUACCACAUUGGCUGCCCCAUCUUAGACAAAAGCAGGACUUCCUGGCAAAGGCAUCACUGCCAUUUACCAGGACGCAGUGGGGUAGGACAGAGGUACCAUCCCAGUAGGUGGCAGGGAGGCAUGCCAACUGCUCCUAGGAGUGUCAGACACAUGGCCUUGGUGUCCCAGAGGCCACAGCCCACCCAUCACAUAGUUGGCUGAACUAUCUUUUAGGCUAAGAACCAAUACACCCUUAGCCUACUAAUGCAUCACUGACUCGUCCAUCUUACUUCCCCUACAAUUCCUUCUCAGGCCCAAUGAAAAUGUGACAUUGGGGGGCAAGAUUUGGCCGUGUAAUAAUUCCAUAUGGUUUAUAUAAUUUCAAUACACCUACCCAUUUGGUGUGGGUGCAGGAUCAAUACACCCAUGAUCUGUGAUCCUGGACAGCAGGAUCUUCUUCUGCCUAUAUAAAUGUUUGCAAGGGAUAAGUACAUUUGCACCAAGCUCUUAUACAACAAAGUGCUUUUACCUCAUAUUUAAAUCAGGCCACAGAGGACAGAUUUUGCAAGCAUUUGCAAAGUAAAGCAGAGCAGAACUGAACUGAACACAGUAAAGUGCAGUAAUACAAGCCCACUGGAGACACAAUCUUUCCUUUACUGCUCGAUAAGGCAGAGUGGGUUUGGGGGAGGGGAGGAAUCAAUGCAUUUGAAUGGUGAAUUGGAAAUUUUCAGUGAAAAAUAUAUAACACCCCAAUUUUGCAUGUGUUCAAAGAACACACAAAUGUGCACGUGUGGGCCAUUUUCAGAUCCAGAAGAGAGUGGGGCAGGCUUUUGCGCAUUCUGCCGAUGCAUGCGAUGACCCUGAAUGCAAUCCUUGUGCAAAUCAGGGGUUGCCUGUCCCUAGAUGCAUAUCAUAUAGGGGAUUUGGUACUCUAUCCCCUGGAAUAAAAAUGCAAUCACUCGUGCAACUUUAAGAUCAAUAAUGCCUAAGCCUAAGACGCUGAAGAGCUGCUUCCCUCAAGGGCAAAAAGAAUUCAGAUUUGAAAUAAGUUAUUAAGUGCUGUGGUACGCAAUGCAGAAGUGCUACUGAGGCCAGUUUAGGGUGCACAAUCUCCCAUCAAAGCCUUCAGAAUUGAUGUCAUCUCAAGCGGCUUUCCUCAGGGAACCCGUGUAAAGUUCUCUGGAGAGCAUCUGAAAUCCGGUCUUUUCAGUGGUGGCACCGAAAAGCUGUGGAACCCCCAUCCUCUUGGAGGCUUGUCAAGCUGCACCUCUACAGUUUUGCAUAGCUUGUGACACACUUUUGGCACGAACAUUUCCUUGCUGCUGUUGUGUUACUUUGAUGGAUGUUCUUACAUAAUUUUCUUUUAAAGGUCGAUUUUAUCAUUGCCUCUCCUUUUUUGUUAUUGUACACUGCUUGGUUUUUUUUAAUGGAAAACGGGUACAUCAGCUGAUUAAACAAAGAAAAGAAGGAACUUUGUGAGUGGGGAUACAGAGGUCGUAUUUCACAACUGUACCAAGAGGUCUAUAGUAUUGUUUGGUUCCUCGAAGAUUAAGCCCCCCUGAUUAGUAGUUCCUACUUUUGUUUCCUUUCCUUUUUAGGUCACAUUUACUUCUUCUCAGGCCCCAAAGCCUAUAAAUACGACAAGGAAAAGGAAGAUGUGGUUAAUAUUGUGAAAUCCAGCUCCUGGGUGGGCUGCUGA